AUGCUUUUCACUUAUAAAAAGUAUCCAGUCGCCUACCCAUCAUACAAAUCAUCACAUUCAUCCAUUCAUAUCAUACCAUUCCCAUAUCAGCAUAUCUCGCCAUUCACCAACAUUCGUGAAGGAGGAAAAGCUGGAUCAUCAAAGAAGGACAAGGCUCCACCUCUCUCUCGUGCUGCCCGUGCUGGUCUACAAUUCCCAGUCGGUCGUAUCCACCGUUACUUGAAGGCCCGUUCCCAAAACAACAUUCGUGUUGGUGCCAAGGCCGCAGUCUACUCGGCUGCCAUCUUGGAAUACUUGACUGCCGAAGUCCUCGAAUUGGCUGGUAACGCUUCAAAGGACUUGAAGGUCAAACGUAUUACCCCCCGUCACUUGCAAUUGGCAAUCCGUGGUGACGAAGAGUUGGACUCCUUGGUUCGUGCUACUAUUGCCGGUGGUGGUGUCAUCCCUCACGUACACAAGUCUCUCCUCCCUGCUCCUGCUCCCAAGGGUCCUCCCGGAGCUCCACCAGCAAAGAAGCAAAAGGAAUAA